CACCCCGUGGUUCCCCCACCACCUGCAAAAGUACGUAGCUUUUUUCAGGAUAUGAAUCUUUGUCUUAUGAAGUGAGAAGAGUUCGAUCUUUGUAGAAACGAACUGCUUGCCGUACUUCUGUUGCGACGUCUACGCUAGCUACCCGAAUAAAGAUUCCAGAAGACGAGGCAGGUGAUCUUCCCACGUUUACCCUAUCACCCUUGCUCUACUUCCGACAUCGCACUUGUGUACCAUUUUACCCUCUAACUAGUACCUGACAUUUUAUUCCUUCCCGCAGUUGUUCCGUUUUCUUCCUUCGACGUAACAGAACAAAAGCAGACGCCGCCCCCGUCUAGUAGAAGUCAGAAAGACCACAUAAAACCGCCUCCCCCAGAACUCCUACGCGACAGUAUCGAAUGAGUCGCCGCACCGGUCCCGUCCGCCCCGCGCAGCCCCCCGGCCGGGCCGAACGCGCGUUGUUUUCCCGCGUCCUGCGCGAGCUGCAGGUGCUGAAAGCAGAUGCUGUUGAAAGCGCAGACGGGUCGGUGACUACGUCGAGCGGUGUGGAGGUUCUUUUUGACGACCCGUAUGCAAUAAACGCAGUGCAAUGCAGGGACGGGGGCAAGCACAAGAACCCGGUGGACGGGAGACAGGAAUUACAAGCAGAGAAUGUUGAAACUGUUCCUGCAUGCGUGGAUUUAGAGCAGCAGUAUGGGAGUCUGUUACCGCCGUUCAGCAUCUACGAGAUGAAUGGCAACAGCUAUGUUCUGAACACCAGCUCAGCGGAUUCGAACCUGCGGGAACGCCACACGAUCUACGAUUUGAAGCAGUUUAUGAUGGCGUUUCUGGAGAAGAAUUGCACCGGCCCGCUGGUGGUUCGGGGUGAGAAAAUUUUUGACGAUCAGACGCUGUUAGUCGACGUCGUUGUGCAUCGCGUCGAUGAGGUUUUCACGACGUCCUUGCGAGGAGAAGGUGGUGCUCACAAUAAACCGCGGCGUCAUUAUAGAACCGAUCACUAUGCUGGUGGAACGAAUUAUUGCCUUACAAGUGAUACAACAAGUGCGAGGACCUCCGAUUCAACACGGGACGAUCACCCGUCCAGUUCAUCCUCCUCCGCGAACACCUACAGCGAACAGACUAGUAGUACAAGCGUAGAGCAUGACCACCUACAGGAGCAGGGUCUUGUCGAAGAUGGCGCAGCUUUUGGAAAGAAUCGGACAAGAAGUGGAAAUAAACAUGAACCAGAAAUGAACAUCCAACAAAAGCACGACGGUGAGGAUAUGCUGCAACGACCUGUUCGCGUCCCGCAGCGUGAGGCGGAGUUCUUUGCUGCGUCGGUGGAUUUUUACGAUGUGGAAACAAGCGGAGUAGAUGAAGAGGACGAGGAGGAGUUCAGCGAUGAUAUGGACGAGCACGACGCGCCGUCGGAACAGGAAGACCCAGAAACUACCGACGACCAGGGCAAAAAUUUUCUCUACUACAUUUCCGGCCGGAAGCUGCACUCGCUCUUCCCCGAGCACGAGAUUUUCGUGGAUCAAGCCACUCUGGAAUUUCAGCGCCGCAAAGUGCUGGAGGGACGGGGACGGAAAAGUCGGGAGCGGGAGAGGUUCCCGGGUCGAAGGACGGUUUGAUAUUGAACAAAGACUUCACGAAGAGCAAAAUUGCGGAAAAAAUAUUUGGUCAACAUUCAUAGCGAACGCUUCUCGCCUAUCGCCUAUUGUGCAUACUAGCAGCGUCGAAUAAAGAAAUGCUCUUUUGUACCCUCGCGAUCAUGAUCAUCCUCUUCGUUUUUUUUUUUUACAGCGUAACAGUAAGUAGGUACCUACAAGCUGCUAAGCCUUUGUGGUUAACGAUGGCUCAACAUCUUUCUUCUCGUCCUACCCAUUCCCCUACGAGCAGAAAAUGCUUGAUCUACUACGAACCAACAGCGCAGCCAAGAUCAGCUCAGCAAUAGCUUGGAGAAAGUGGAAGUUGAAAGAACAAAUAUCAAUUUUAUACUUGUUUUUGAGACAGUAACAGGCACAGGUCUGACUCUGAUAACACGAGGUAGCCCCUCAGCAUUUAAGUAUUGACAUGUACACCAUUCUUCAUGUUCAUGGACUACAUGCAUAGAGAGAAGUCAAGCGUGAAGCUGCAUCAUCAUAUCAAUAUCUUUCGAUCUGGUGCAUCGAACUUUAUGGGAGGCGAUUGAAUAAGAGCCCAAAGAAUCACCGUGAUGCUAAGGACGUGUGUACUCACUUAGCUCAUUCCACUUCGAACAAAGCCCUGACCCUGACGAAAUAGGCGACUUUUACUCCAUUAUUGCUGCGAGUGCGACAAUUUGGACGACUCAAAUGACCUACUACACUUGCGACAC